GGUUGUGUAACAUUUAUUCGAAACAAAAAUUAUCAAAUGGAAGAUUUAAAAUAUUAUGUUGAUAAAACUGUUCAUAAGUUUAUUGGCUUUGAUGAGCCAGCUCUCGGAAAAGCAAUUAUUAAUUGUAUAAAUAAUGGCCUAGAUAAAUAUGAGACUUCAAAAAAGCUUACCACGUUUUUGGAUGAAGGCAAAGCCCUGAAGCUAGCCAAUAAGAUAUUUAAUAUGAUGUCUGAUUCUAAAUUAUUUGAUCCUGCAUUUAAACCUAGUAAACGUCAGAAACUGGAUGAAGAACUAUCUCAAAAAGAUAUAAUCGAUGCUUUAGAUAAUGAAGCAAAACAAUCCCUACUUUCCAAUACAAUUAUGAAUGAAGAUCAAAUUAAGGAAAUUAUGGCAAAUGCUCAAAAAAAUAUUGAAGCUAGAAAACAACAGCUUCAAUUACUACAACAAAAUAUGGGCAAUAGUGUAACCACUAAUAAUAAUGUGACUCCCUUAACAUCAAGCAAUAGAGCUCUCAAUCUGAGUGAUGCAGAAAAAGCUUUAAAAGCUGCUGAGCUUCAUGCCAGAAUUCAGUCUGCAUUUGCUACUAAACCUAUUUUAUCCACUGCCAUGGAAAACACCAAUUUAGAUGUAAACAUGCAGGCCACCAAUACCAAACCUACACCUCUCAUCUUAGAUGAAUAUGGAAGGACUGUUGACUCAAGUGGUAAAACUAUACAAAUAGCACAACCUAUGCCAACUCUGAAGGCCAACAUAAGGGCCAGAAAGAGAGAAGAGUUUAAAAUUGCUAUUCAAGAGAAACCGACUGAUGAAGUGAAUACAUUAGGCAAAUUUUUUGACCCUCGCCUUCCCAUAGCAGGUCCUAGUGGAACCAGUGGUCCAACUUCAAGAAAUGCUAGACAUACAAGAGCCAAAGCUUUCAAGUUUUACGAAAAAGGAAAAUUCGAACAAAUGGCCCAAAAGCUUAGAGCUAAAGCUAGAUUAGAACAACUCCAAAAUGAGAUAUCCCAGGCCGUCAAAAAAACCGGCAUAAUAUCUGCCGCUAAAUUGGCUCUCAUGAUCCCCAAAAAGGACCCCGGUUCUACCAAGGAUAUACCUCAAUGCGAAUGGUGGGAUUCUAUGCUGCUCAAACGUGAAAACUAUGAUAGCAUCUUGCCUUUCCAAAAUUUUAGCUUUGGCUGCUUAGAACAGAACCGCAUUACCAACUUGAUUCAACACCCCAUGCAGAUGAAAAGACAAAGAAUGAAAAAGUAUAACACGGAAAUCGUGGUUCUGCUGACGAAGAAGGAAAGGAAAAAGUUAAGACGCCAGAAUAGGAGAGAAAUUUGGUUAGAAAAACAGGAAAAGAUUAGGCUAGGUCUCGAGCCACCUCCUGAGCCUAAAUUAAAAAUAACAAAUCUGAUGCGCGUCCUGGGCAAGGAGGCAAUCUUAGAUCCGACCAAGAUAGAGGGCCACGUACGAGCCCAGAUGGCGAAACGCGCCAAAACUCACGAAGAUGCUAAUGCCGAGCGCAAACUUACCCCAGACGAAAGGAGGGCUAAAAAGGAACGGAAGAUUAAGGAGGACACUAGUGACGAAGUUCACGUGGCCGUUUUUCGCGUCAAAAGUUUACAUAACCCUGCCAAGAAAUUUAAAGUGGAAGCGAAUGCAAACCAGAUGUUUAUGACGGGAUUUGUCGCGCUUUAUAAAGACGUUAACGUUAUAGUCGUUGAAGGAGGUCCUAAACAGAUACGCAAGUUCAAGCAUUUGGUCCUCGAUCGUAUCAAAUGGGGAGAUGACAAAUUACCUUCUUACGUUUCUAAUAACCCUUCCACUUUUUUUGUAUCAGGAGGUCAGGAUUCUUCAAAAGCCCAGUCAACCACAGAUACUACCCAAAAUUUAGAAAAUAAUUUGAAUCGCUGCGAUCUAAUUUGGGAGGGGAUCGUUAAAAGACGCAGUUUUGGUCCUCUCACGUUCAAAAUUUUCCCCUCGGAACCAUUUGCCAGGGAAGCUUUCACAAAACACGGGGUAGAACAAUAUUGGAACCUGGCUUUCAGCAGAGCUUUACUCGAAAAUAAUGAUGAUUUGGCUAACAAUUGAGAUUUGCUUAGAUGAUUUUGAAAUACUAAACUUGAUUUUGAAAAGUUCCUUUUUUUUAUUCGGGUUUAAUAUUGUUUAUAUAAAUCUUAAAGCAUAGAUAAAUUGUACAACGUAUUCUGUAUUAUUUAUUCACGUUAUUAAACAAAUUAUAAAAUUCUCCAGUAC